AUGAUCCGAUCAAUCGAUAGUCAAUAUCGAAUUCGACAAAUUGAUCCAGAUGUCGCCACUAUGACGAUAAUCACCGAUGAAAAUGAGGGUAUCAAACGAUUAUGUGAAGCACAACCAAUCCAAGAUCGACUCAUUUUCAUAGCUAUGGAUGAGCAUAAAAAGCAGUUGUUGGCCGAUCGUUGGAAACAACGAAGUACUAUGAUCAAUAGAAUAACACAAACAUGGCCGAGUCGCGCGGAUAAAUGCGUCCAAACCGGUCAACGUGUUGAUGAACAACCGCGGACGAGACCGGACGGAGAUUACGGAGAGGAAUGGGAGGACGAUAGUGAGUACACAGAUGAAUCGACCGAGAAUGAAUACGACGAGGACGGGAAACGUAUCGUACCGCCGAGUACAAAACGAUACAUUUAUACGGUGUUCGAUUAA